AUGUUUUCUCAGUACCUUCCCGCCACACGUCCAGAGGAAAACCAACGCAGAGCUGAAAAACAGAGGCUGUUUGGGAGGCAGGGGCUGCAUGUAAAGUUUGGUCCCUGUGACCUCGGACCUCCAGGAAGUGUUGACAACUACCUGUCUACACGUCCACGGAAGCCUUCCCUGUUAGAUCCUGUGUGUCAAUGUUGGCCACCAACUCUGGCCACCCCUCCUCCUUCCUGGGAAGCAGAUCCAGGCAGGCGGCACCUUGCUGAGGCCAUGGGCGAGCUGCGCCGCCCCCGCCGCACCCCUCCUCCUGCGGUGGGAAGCCCUUUAGAGGAAUGCUGA